AUGUCCAAAGCAACGUUUGCAGUCAUUGCCGCCGCCAGCGCUGCCACCGGUGCUGGCAUCACGGCGCUCUUCUAUUCCUCGAAACCGUCCCAGAAAGAAUUACCUGUUCUGGCUAUUGCUCCCCCUCCAUCUACUCCGACACCUGCUGGCUUGAGCAAGGUUCCCUCCCCGCAAUUUCCGACUCCAUCUCUCGCUCCCAAACCUCCAACUGGAUCCCCAGUUGACCCUACCGGCAUUCUGCAAUAUGGAUUCCCUGGCCCCGUGUCUGACACACUUUCAUCUCUACCGUUUACUGGAGCCUUUGACCGUCGCACCCGCAAUCCCUCCUGGGUAGCAGAACAUAUCACACCCCAAUCGCUCGCCCAGCACAACGCAGACCGCAAGAACAGCACGUUCUUCGAGGACACCACGAUCCCAGCGGCCUUUCGCGCUAAACUGUCCGACUACUUCCGCUCCGGCUACGACAGGGGUCACCAGGUCCCUGCCGCAGACGCCAAAUGGUCACAAGACGCUAUGGACGGAACCUUCGCUCUGAGCAACAUGUGCCCACAGGUUGGAGAGGGUUUCAACCGUGACUACUGGGCCCAUUUUGAGGAAUUCUGCCGGAAUCUCACCAAAAAGUAUCCCUCGGUUCGCAUUAUCACCGGUCCGCUGUAUCUACCUCAUCGUGAUGCCGAUGGCAAGUGGCGCGUCAGCUACGAGGUGAUCGGUAACCCGCCCAAUGUCGCUGUCCCGACUCAUUUCUACAAGGUCAUCUACGGCGAGGAUGGAACUGGAAAUCCCCGGAGCAAUGUAGCGCUGGGAGCCUUUGUCCUGCCUAAUGCCCGGAUUCCCAACGAUAAGCGCCUAUCGGACUUUGAGGUCCCGCUUGAGGCGGUGGAACGGGCGAGUGGGCUGGAGUUCGCGUCAAAAUUGGAGGCAAGCCGUCGCAAGCGAUUGUGUCAAGAGGUCAAGUGCGAGGUGGUUGUACGGGAGUUCAACAAUGCGAGGAAGAAAUAG